AUUACAGUCCAAGCGUAUUCACUGAUAAGGCUUUUUGUCUGCCCCAGCUAUGUGGCCUCGCAAGCCGAAUGUCUGCGAGACCGAAUGCGAAAGAGAUGCUGAAGUUGCGGGAUGCUGUGGAGUGAAAACAUCGUGGGAGGAAGGUUCAGAGAGAAUAGGCUGGUGGUGAUAAACGAAUGGCUUCUCCAGAGCUGCUCGUCGGAGGAGAGGGAGGCAAACAGUCCAAUCCUACAGACGUCCUUGACUGGGUGUCCAACGUGCUACAUGUCCGCAAGUCUGGCGGAUCAAUAGGGGGAGCGCUCCCAGGGGAGGUUGGCUGUAACACGGCCCGCAGCUGCCAUGGCCGGUGUCUUUCAGCACCAAGGACGGCGCCACGCAAGGGGGGCGCGGAGGUUAAGCUCUCUCACCUCGGCGAAGACAAAAUCAGAGUUUGUUGCGACGAGGAAUUAGAGACAUCUUUCACUUACAUUGACGAGAAUGUGAACCUGCGACUAGCCAGCCCGGAGACUAGUUGUAAAAGUACUCAAAGACCCGUGCGCAACGGCGAGCCUUGCUCCGAUACGUUACCGGAGCUUUCCUUCAUGUCUGAGGAUGAUCUUUCAUUUGGGGAGGGCUCGGGAAGUUCUAUAGACUACGGGUUUAUCAGUGCUGUCACGUUCUUAGUGACCGGUAUCUCCUUGGUGAUCAUCUCCUACACCGUGCCUCGGGAUGUGGUGGUGGACCGUGACAGUGUGUCGGCGAGGGAGAUGGAGAGGCUGGAGAUGGAGAGCGCCCGGAUAGGUACUCACCUGGAUCGGUGCGUCAUUGCGGGACUGUGCCUGCUCACGCUGGGCGGCGUGGUGCUUUCCACUUUGCUGAUGAUUUCAAUGUGGAAGGGGGAGAUGUACAGGAGAAAGGUCAUCGCUUAUUCUAAGCGUUCAGCCAAACUGUAUGGCUCUAUCAGCCUGAAAACUAGAUCCAGUCCCAGCCAUUCCUCUAGUCACUUGUCCCUGGAGGAGGAAAUAGAGGAAACUCUGACCUAAGGUGACGCUCUGCACUAAAACAGUUUGUCUCUAACUGAAGAAUUAAUGGAAUCCACAGUCAUUAACUAACAUGCUGUAGCCCAAAGCUGUAUUUAUACAUUCAAAGUGCAACAUUUUGUUCAUAUAAUGUUGAUAGAGAUUCGUGUUGUAUUGUAUUGACAUGUGGCAAAGAGGAAUGACAGGAAAAGCAAAGUGAGCAGUACCCUGAAAAACACUAGGUGGUAUCAAAAUGUUUCCAAAUGGUUUAAAUUGCACCAAACCAGGGAGAAGGUUUUGUGUCAAAAACACUGGCUCUUUUUUCUUUCUCUCUUUUUUUGGUGCCCAGGAUACUAUCUCUGAGAGCUUCCAUUUAUUAUUAAAGCUAUUCAUUUUUAAUGUAAAUGUUUCCAACAGUGAAAUUGUGCACAGACACAUUUCAGGAAGUAAAGGGCGUGUGUCCCCACAGCAGAAUGGGAGUAAGAAGGGAUGCAAAGCUGUCCCCAUCCACUGUGAUGUGGGAGAAUCAACUCAGUGGUCCACAUGGUAAUAUCCAGUGACAGUGCCUCUCUGGUGCAAUGCUGAGGUAAGCCAAUAAGCCCGGCCUUGUGCAUCUGAGCCAGAGCUCCACAUCAGUUUGAUUGUACUGAGCAAUUUGACUCCAUCUGACAGCGCUGACAUGCACUGAACAUCAUACUCAAUGCUCCCUUGACCCUUUCUCCUCGUCUUCCUUUACCUUUUAGUUUUCUGUGCCACAGGAGUCUUUCCUCCUGCAGAACGUCUGUGCCUAUGAACACGAUGUGCAGGA